GGAUGACAACAUGGCGGUAGUCGCGGCCAAGUGGGCGAGGCAGUGUGUAGUUGGUCAUGACGACUCCCACGCCAGGGCCGUUCCAGAGUUACCAGGCGUGUACAUAGGACAGAACGUAGCAGCUGGUCAGAGCUCGUUUGUCGCGGUCGUUAAAGGAUGGCACUCCGAAGUGAACAACUUUAAAUAUGGUGUCGGAGCUAUAGAUAAAACUAAAGAUAUUGGCCAUUAUACCCAGGUGGUUUCGGCAACUGUGUCACGAAUCGGGUGUGGCUCGGCCAAGUGUCCAAACAGUAAAACUUUCUACGUCUGUAACUACGCAGUAGGACAGAUGGGCAUGAUCAAGCCUUAUAAGAGUGGUACCAAUUGUGCAGAUUGUAACAAGUCGUGUUCUGGAGACAGUCAUUUGUGUGCCUCAUGUCCAUCCCAGGUGUCCCAGAUGUGUGCCUCGUACGAAGAUGACGCGUGUAACCCAGUCGUAAUGAGCUCGCGGGCUAUCCUGUCUGUGGGAUUGUGCAUAUAAAAGAUUCCUACGUGUGGUGGGAAGAUCUGCAGAAACUGGGGAGAACUGGAUGUGGCCACGUGUACUUGCAAAUGUCAAUCAACCUACACCGGAGACACGUGCAAAACCCUGGACUGCAGUUUAUCCGACUCUUGGUUCUGCGGCUACUACACGAAGGAGAAAUGCACGUUUAUUAACCUCAAGCUCAGCUGUCCACACAAGUGCGGCUCGUGUUGAGUGCCGCUGUGACGUCAUCGAGUGACCUGUUUACGUCACUACCAUAACCCAGUAACACAAGUCUUCAUAUUAUACAAGUCCUGUUUAUUCGAAACGAUUAUUUAAACAAAACAAAACAAAAUAAAGAUAAUAUUAAC